GCCUCUCUCUGCCCCGCUGCAAUAAAGGCAGAUAGCGGUCCAUGGGGAGCAGGGGAACACUUUUUAUACUGACAUGUUAGCGCAAUGACUUUUGAGUAACAUCUAACUGGGACGAGGCUCCCGGCGUGAGGAGGACAGGGCCCUUUACGGGAAGAAAAAAGGAGCACUUGCCAUCUGCCGGGAAACUGGAACGAAAAACAAGACGGCAAAAGAGUUAAGACCAGUCCAAGAUUCAGCGGUGGAAAAUCCAGUUGAGCCAUUUGAAUUGAAAGAUGAGCUUGUUGUCUGCCAUAGACACGAGUGCCUCCGUGUACCAGCCUGCACAGCUUCUGAACUGGGUCUAUCUCUCCUUACAAGACCCCCACCAGACCAGCGCUUUUGACGCAUUCAGACCCGAACCCAACUCUUCCCACCCGGAUCACAGUUUCAGCAAGACUCCCGCAGCAGCGGAUUUGAGCUCUUCCCUGAACUCAAACUAUCUCAACAACUUUUUUCAGCUGCAGCGGAAUGAGGCCUUAAACAACAACGUGUAUAAGAACGUGUCACCCUAUGGCUCCCUUAACAACAUCGUGGAUGGACUCAACACCCUGACGGACCAUUUCUCAGACCUUUCCCUUUCUUCAGAGCCAAGAAAACCAAACAAAAGACCCCCACCCAACUACUUAUGCCACCUGUGCUUCAACAAGGGCCAUUACAUCAAGGACUGCCCUCAGGCCAGACCCAAAGGUGAAGGACUGACACCCUACCAGGGGAAGAAGAGAUGCUUCGGAGAGUAUAAGUGCCCCAAAUGUAAGAGGAAGUGGAUGAGUGGCAACUCCUGGGCCAACAUGGGACAAGAAUGUAUCAAAUGCCACAUCAACGUCUACCCACACAAACAGCGCCCUUUAGAGAAGCCGGAUGGCCUGGAUGUUUCUGACCAGAGCAAGGAGCACCCGCAACACCUGUGCGAGAAAUAGAUCUGCCUUCCAUUUCCCUGCCAAGUGAAGUGUGUGGUAAUGUGACGAACAUUUAACCCGGGCCUCUCAUGAUGGUAUAAUGUAUACGAGGCCUUUUGAUGAACAGCACAUCUUAUUAACUGUGAAUUAACUGAGGGACAAUGUGCCUUACAUCCCUAGCUUACAUUUGGCCUAUUUAUUUUCUUGUUGUCAAGUGUGCAAUUUGAAUUUUGACUGGGACAUAACGAAAUGUUUUUUUUGGUAUGUUUGUAUAUCACAUUAUUGUGUAACUGCUUCCACGUGUCUUUAGAAACUACUGUAGAUUCAGUCGCUCCUCGUCUAGAUUUAGUGCAUUGCUAAUAGAUAAGAUUUCAUUAACCCUCCCAAGAGUAUUUUUGUUGCAACACAAAUUCUCAUUUGAUCUAGUGUUAGAUUCAUAUAGAUGUUAGAUAAGUUGUGUUAAUUUCAAAUCACAAGGUCAACUGAGAAGGAGCUGUAGGAAAACAACACUAGUUUUAGUAAUAAUAAUCUUGCCAUCCACAUAGUUUCUCGCCAGUGUUCGAUUAGAAUUAUGAAACAUUAUUUUAGAGGUUAAACUGUUCAUACGUAAAGCCUGAUUCGAUUUUUAACCACAAAGAAGUAAAGUACAAAUGAGAUGAUUUUAAAGAGAUUUAGAAAGACAUUUAAGUUCACAUUUAACUGCCAGUGGAUGCCUGGCAGCCUUAGUGGUCAAUAAAGUGUUUCCAAAAGCUUGCACCCUUAAAAACUAUGUCCAGCAGCUAAUUGCAGUGUGAAGAGUGUCUAGAGGGAGGUGAAGUUUUGGAGAACUGCAAUGAUUUUCAGGUCAGUUGAGAGAAACAAUGAGAUUUAAUAUAGAAAGGCUGGUUUGUAAUGUGCUGAUGCAGAAGAUUCAAGGAUAUAUUGAAAGUGAUGAUGAAUUGAGUUCACACGUAUAUUAUUUUUUAUGAAUAUAAGUGCCUACUAUUAUAAACCAAUGUCUUUAAAAUAAAAGAAGUACACCCAUCCUGUUUACGUUACAGGAAAUGAAUGUAGUUUUGACUUAGGCUAUAGAAAUCUGGCUUUUAAGGAAACUUGUUAUAGGAAUUGUGAACUGUUUUAUAUGUACUGUAUUUCUAGCCUUAUAACAUCUGGUUAACUAUAUUUUAUACUGUAACAUACUGUAUGUGCCUUAAAAACAUUUAAAUCAUUCUGAAGUAUCAGGAUUAGGAGGCAAUUUGAAAUUGGGAAAAGACAUGUGGGGCUCAGAGAUGGAGCAGUAUACGUGCAUGUGGUAACUGUGAUGCAUAGUAAGUUUAAUGCAGGUUCAAGAUGUGACAAGGACAACAAUUAAUACAGUUCCUCUAUUAGUUUGAACUGGCAUGGUGGGUGUUUGCAUAAACACAGUUUGCUGGGCUGAAGGCACGGGCUGAAACAGCAUUUCCAGCUGGCAAUAACAAUCCUACUGUGGUCUGUUGUCAUGGAAUAUCCACAAAGAUGUUAUUUCUUAGUCGAUCCUCACAACAGAAAGGAGUCGCACAUGAAACUGUGGACCUCACUCUUUGUUUUUUAAUCUAUUGUAGUUAUGUUUAUCCAAGGGACUGUGGGUUUUGUAAAAAAAAAUAUACAUGGUUAACUCGCCUUAGUGGGAGAGUUUGCAGUGGCUGAUUAUGGUACCUUACAGCUUUGGGAAAUUUAGAUAAAAUACCAUCUGUAAAGUUAAAGGGGCACUCCAAUUUAGUAGUGCAGUUCCACAAAGUCGGGAGGCUUGCAAGAGACACUAAAGAAUAGUUGAACCAAUGCAGCAGAGUCUCAGAUGGCUCAUGCUCCAAAACGCUGGGUCCUACCUUUCCCAUAAUGCAACUAAAAAGCAUCUUUCAGUAGUCUUCCCCUGCCUGGUAAAUGCCCAUGUCUUUCACUUUCACAACUCCACACCCCCAGGUUGUAAAGCAGGCUUUUUGUUAAAAUUGUGUCUUCAAACCUAAGCUGACGUAACCACGAUUAUAGACUUGACAAAGCACCUCCAGAGCUACAGAAGACAUUAUACAACUGUUUUCACAGUUCGAG